GGAGCCGCGCGGGAGGCGGGCCCGGCUGCCAAGCGGGUCAUGGCGACGGGGGCUGGAGAGGGAGCACGGAGCCAGGCCUCCCUGCGGCGCCGGCUGCAGAGCUCGCAGGAGGCGCAGCACCGGCAAGCGGUGCUGGUGCGGAAGCUGCAGGCGAAGGUACUGCAGUACCGGACUCGGUGUCGAGAGUUGGAGCAGCAGCUGGCAGCAGGAGGGGGACCCCUUCCAGGCAGGUGGGAAGCCACAGAAGACCAGAGCCUGGAGAAAGCACUGCUUCAGGUGGAAGAGGAGCAGCAAAGGUGUGAGAAUCUGGCAGAAGUGAACGCUCUCCUGCGGGAGCACCUCGAUGAAGCGAAUGAGGUUAAUUCAGCCCUUAAAGAAGAUGUUGGAAAACUGACGGCGGAUUGGAUGAGGGCCCGGGAGGAGCUGGAAUUGAAGGAGAGCGAGUGGCGCAGUGAACGUGAGCUUUAUGACAACUACGUAAUGGGUGAACAUAGCCGUCUACUCAGCCUAUGGCGUCAGGUGGUAACCUUCCGCCGUCAUUUCCUGGAAAUGAAGACUGCCACUGACCGAGAUUUGUCAGAGCUGAAGGCAGAGCAAAUGAGGCUUUCUGGAUCUAUACUUGUAAACUGCUCCCGUCUAAACUCUGGCAUACAGCUCUGGCAGUCCUUCACCCUGGGUAAACCUGUCCUGAAGUAUCAGGCACAGCAGCAAGCGGGACAGAAAAUAAACCAGAAGACUCAGGAAGUGAUGUGCUUACCAGUCAAGGAGGACCUGGAGAAGAAGGAGCUUCAAGACAGGGUGAUGGAGCUCUCAGCCUUGCUUGUACAGUCUCAGAAGCAGAAUGAGGAGAAGGAGAAGACCAUGAAAACACUUAACGACACUGUGGAGAUACUAGAAGCAAGUCGGUUAGAGAAAGAAUAUGAAGCUUCAUUGACUAAAAGUGCCAAAGAAGAGAAUCGUUCCCUCCAAAAGCUGAUAAAAGAUAUAACUGAGGUGGUGUUAGGUGACAGUGACAGCAUGGUCAGCAUUAUCUGCACUGACAGUUCCCAGCAUGCAGAGUCUAGCACCAUCCUCUCUUGUCUGAGCUCCGUUGAUGCAGAGCAUGCCUUUGUCUUGGUUCAGGAAGCACUGGCAAGGAGGCGAGGAGCAACACAGGCCCUAAAAGAAGAGCUUUCUGCCAGGCAGGACUCUAUCGGUUUCCUGCUGCACCAGCACAGACAGCAGGAAGAGAAGUGCAGGAACCUGCAGCAAAGGCUUGAGCAACUGGAGGAGGAAUACAAGACGUCCAGCAGCCACCGGCAGCACCUCCAGUCUCUGGUAGAAGCACUCAGAAGUGACUGUGCAAACCUUGAGAAAACCAGGGAAGAGCUACGGCAACAGCUUGAACUAAUGGAGCAAGAAGCCUCGCGUCUGCGUCAAAGUAACACUGAACUGCAGCUGAAGGAAGAUUCAGCCCAGGGGGAAAAGGUGGAGCAGCAAGAGAUGAUGGAGAGAGCGUGUCGUGACCGGGAGCUCCUACUGAAGGACUUAGCUGCACUUGAAGGAGAACAUUCAUUAUUACAGAGCGAGUUGGUGGUCGCAAGAGAGAUGCUGGAGGAAUCGCACCUUCAGAGGGAUCUGCUGAAGCAAGAGAAACAGGAGCUUACCGUGGCACUGGAGAAGGCAGAGCAGUCGGUAGCAGAGUUGACAGGGGCUCAGAAUAAGCUGAGUGCUGAAAUAGCCAAUCUACACGUUGCAGCAGCGAACAUGAGCAGUAUCAAUGAAGCUCUUGCCUUGGAUAAAGUGCAGCUGAACAAACUUGUGUUGCAGCUGGAGCAAGAGCAUGACGUUCUGUCAGGUAAAGUGGAUGAGAUGGAGAGAGCAAAGAUCUCUGACCAGGAGAAGCUGAACUUGUGGGAGAGAACAAAUGAGGCGCUGAGCGCAGAGAAAGCCCACCUGGAGCAGCUGCUGAAGGAAGCAGAGGAGCAACAGGAGGGGCUGCAGGUAGAGCUGAGGAUGCUGGCAGAGGAGAAGGCAGAAACCCAAGAGAAACUCAAUCAGGUUCACCGCCAGCAAGAGUCAGCUAGCAGUGGUCUGGAGCAGUUGCGGCAGGAGUCCUCUCGCCAAGGGCAGGCACUGGCCAAGGUGUCCAAGGAGAAGGAAUUGCUGGUGCACGAGAAAGCCGCCCUAGAGGUGCGACUGGCAGCCAUGGAGCGGGAGAGACGAGGCCUUGCAGAGCAGCUGGCAGAGGCCAGGUCAGGGAAGGAGACCCUGGAAUCCAGCCUGCUUGAGGCUCAGCAGCGCUUAUGUCAGCUGGAGAUCGCCAGGAGUCAGCUUGAAAUCCAACUUCACACAGUCAGGCAGGCCAAGGAGGUGAUACAAGGGGAAGUGAAGUGCCUUCAAUGUGAGCUGGAAGCAGAGAGAUCUCUCAUGAAGCAGGAACGGGCAAACAUGGCGCAACAGCUCUUGCGGACAGAAGAGCAGUAUAACGAUACCCUCAGACUUCGGGAAACUGAUCACGAAGUGGAAAUAAACAAGCUCCUGCAAGACCUGGCAAGCGAGCGGGAAGGGCACCAUUCAGAGCUACAGGAGAUGCUGGAGCAGUGGGAAAAGGAGAAGGCAGAGACAGAAAGGGAGCACGAGAAGAAGCUGUUUGAUAUGAAGCAGAAAGUUGCUACCAUGCAAGCUCAACAAGAGGAGGAACGGACGAGAGUGGAGAAUGCCAAGCAAGAGGUCCUGCUAGAAAAGGAGAGUGAGAAGGAUGCUUUAUUAGAGACACUACUCCAAACUCAGGGAGACUUAAGAGAAGCCUGCCAGCAGCUAGAGCAGCUCAGGCACGAGGUGAAAGAGCAGCAAGAGAAUGGGCAGAACAUCACAGAAAAGCUGCAAGCAGAGCUGCAGGAAACUUGGGGUAAGAUGAAGACAGUGGAGAAGAGGCACAAGGAAGAAAUCAAAACCCUCAAAGAGGAAAUGAAUAUCCUUCUUCAGCAGAGGGAUGCUCUACAAAAACAGGUGGAAGAGUUGACAUCUCAGCUAGCAGCCUCUGAAGAUUCCCAGCAAGUGAUUGGUCGCAAAGCUCAGCAAGAUCUGAGUGAGGCUCAGGAACUGUCAAGGCAAAAGGUGCUGGAGGCUGUGCACCUCCAGAAGAUCCUGGAGGAGAAGAGGAGUCAAUGGGAGGAGGUAGAACAUCAGAACAAAGAGCUGCAAGUGCGUCUGCAGUCAUUGGAGGGGGAAAGGAGUCGAUGGGAAGAAGUGGAGCGUCACAACACAGAAUUUCAGGCUUUGUUGAAGGUCCUAGAGGGUGAAAAAGACAGGCUGACUCUGUCUCUGGAAGAGAAAGAAGUAAGCCUCAGAACCCUGGAAGAAAACAACCUUGCUCAGCACAAUGAAGUGUCUCAGCUUCUAUCUGCUAUUCACCAGGCCCAGCAGCUUCAUUCAGACCACAGAAGAGAAAUAGAAGAGCUCAACAACCAGAUACAGUCACUGCAGGAAGUAGUGCUGGAGAAGGAGGCUGGCCUGGCAACUCGAGAGAAGCAGCUGCUACAGGAUCUGGAGGAGUCCCAAGCAGGCGAACGGUGCCUGAGGGAUUCUUUGCACAUGCUGGAGGCUGAGAUGUCUGAGCUGCGUUUGAGGCUUUGCAGUGCAGAGAACAGAGCAAAGGCAUUGGCCACAGAGUGUCAGCAGGCUAACAGUGCCCACUGUGAAGCCCGAUCCCAGCUGGACAAGCUGCACUUGGUUCUCCAGCGCAUGAUCUGUGACAGCAGAGACUUAGGCACUUGGAGUUCAGAACAGGGUCAUGUCUGGGGCCUAACUGUUUCUCAGGCCAGGGACCUUCCUGCAGAGCUCACAGUGGACAGAGUGGCAGCAGCCCUACAAGACCUGCGUCAGCACCUGAAGCAGACUCAGCAAGCUCUGAACGAUGCAAGGAAGAAGACACAGGACUUGGAGCUGGAGCUGAGCAACAGGCAAGCUGAGAGGGACCAUUUCCGUGCCCACAAUCAAGAGCUGCAGAAACAGUUGGCUCAAAGCCAGGAAGAGACACAGAUGGCAGAACACAAGAAGAACUCUCUACAAGCUGCCUUGCAGGAAGAGGCCGCUGCUCUAAAGGAGGAGGCUAUGACUCUACAUCAAGAGGUGGCAUCUUUGGAAAGGAAACUCGAGAGCACUGACAAGCAAAGAAGGGAUGUCCUGCAUGAACGGGACAGGCUGCAAGCACUUGAAGAAAAACUGGUAUGGGAGAUAAAACUUCUUCAGGAAUCAGUCACAGCCUCUGAAACCCAAGCAAAUACAGCAACAGAUAGGAAUCACUCCCUUGAACAAGAACUCCAAACUACACUAUCUAUCUUAAAAAUUAAAAAUGAGGAAGUAGAAACACAGUGGGAGAAAAUCCAGAUGCUACAGAAAGAAGCAGCAGAGGUAAAAGCUUUGCAGGAGAGUGUUACUCAUAUGACAGCCAUCCUGUCAGAGAGGGAGGGAGAAAUGAAGUUAUACCAGGAACAGAUGACAAUGCUGGAAAAGCAGAAAGAAAUGUAUAAAACUACUGUCAAUCAGGUUAUUAAGGACAUAACAGAGACAAAACAGAAGACAGAAGCCCAGCAAGAACACAUACAGGAGCUGGAGAAGCAGCAAGAAAAGCAGAAGACUACUGUCAGCAAGAUGAGCAAAGAGCUAGAGGAGAGAGACCGGGAGAUAAGAUCCCAGCAAGAACAGAUACAGGAGCUGGAGAAGCAGCAAGAAAUGCUGAGGACUGCUGUCAGCAAGAUGAGCAAAGAGCUGGAGGAGAAGGACCAGGAGGUCAGAUCCCAGCAAGAACUGAUAGCGGAGCUGGAGAAGGAGCAAGAAAAGCAGAAGACUACUGUCAGCAAGGUGACCAAAGAGCUGGAGGAGAGAGACCAGGAGGUCAGAUCCCAGCAAGAACAGAUACAGGAGCUGGAGAAGCAGCAAGAAAUGCUGAGGACUGCUGUCAGCAAGAUGAGCAAAGAGCUGGAGGAGAGAGACCAGGAGAUCGGAUCCCAGCAAGAACAGAUACAGGAGCUGGAGAAGCAGCAAGAAAUGCUGAGGACUGCUGUCAGCAAGAUGAGCAAAGAGCUGGAGGAGAGAGACCGGGAGGUGGGAUCCCAGCAAGAACAGAUACGGGAGCUGGAGAAGCAGCGAGAAAUGCAGAGGACUGCUGUCAGCAAGAUGAGCAAAGAGCUGGAGGAGAGAGACCGGGAGAUCCAAUUCCAGGAAGGGAAAAUAAUGAUUCUAGAACGACACGGUGCAUCACAAGUGAGAAAUCUGCAGGUGGAUCUUGAUCAUAUGAAAGGGAACUUGAAGGAGAAGAACUUGGAGCUUCUGUCUCUGACUCAGCAGAUCCAAGCACUGGAAAUGGAGAGAGAACAGGUGAAAUCUCUGCACGCGAGCCUUGGAGACCUGAGGGCAGUUCUUAAGGACAGAGAGCGCGAGUGUGAUUCUCAAAGGGAUCAGUUAAGACUCUUGCAGCAGUACAAGGAACAGCAAGAGGGCUACCUGCAGGAGCUUCGUGGGACACUAGAAAAGAUGACCCUCUCUUUAUCUGAAAAGGAUCAAGAGCUUGAGUCGCAACAAAAGCAAAUCCGGGAAGCUGAAGAAGUCAUGGAAAUGCAGUUAAGGACUGUCCGUGACCAACUGGAGCAGACCUUAGGAACCUUAAAAGAAAAGGACAGACUCCUAGACAUCCAAAAGCAACAAGCAAGGAGCUCUGCGGAAAAAACAGAAGAACAGAUGAAUGUCUUGCACAGAGACUUAGAAUACACAACAGCAAUACUGAAAGAAAAGGAUUUAAUGAUUGAAUCUCAGAAGGAACUGAUUGAGACCUUCCAAAAACAAGAGCAAGACUCUGAACAGCAGAAGGAAAUUCUGCAGCAGCUUCAAGUGGCACUAAAGGAAAAAGAACAAGAAAUGUUAUCCCUUAGAAAGCAAUGUGAGGCGUGGAAGGAAAAGGAGGAAAAGCGUGAAGCUGAGCAAACAAAUCUCCAAGCAACAAAACUGACUCUGAAAGAAAGAGAGGAAAAGAUAGAGGUUCUGGAGGAGGCUAUCUCUAAGCUUCAACAGCAAAAGGAGGAGGCAGCGAUGCAGACCAAAGCUAUACUGCAAAAACUAGAAUACGCUGAAUCUUCUCUAGAAGCGAGAGAUCAAGAGAUAGUGUCUUUGCAAGAGCACGUCCAGGAGCUUCGAGAGCAGAAGGAGUUAGAAGGCAAGCAGGCCAAGAGUCUAGAGCAGGAUCUAGACAAAAUGAGCCAAAUCUUGAAGGAGAACCAUUUGGGGUUCCUCAGGCAGACGGAGCAAAUGAACAUGUUCCGGCUUCGUGAAGAAAGCACGAAAGUAGCGCUAACAUCAUGCCAGCAGCAAGUGGAUCUGCUUGAGCACGUGGUGAGGAAGAGAGAAGAAGACAAUGAAACUCUCAUGCAAAAACUCCAGCGCCAAGAAGAAGAACUGAAGGCCUUGCAGAAUCUCCAGCUUAGGCUAACCAAGAAGAAUGAAGAGGUUAGGCAUCGCAGAGAGCAAGAAAAGCUCCUGGAAGAAGCCUUGCAUGAGACGGAACGAGAGACCAAGGCCGAAGGUGAACUAGAAGAGUUAGAAGAGGAAGUAAGAGCUCUUCGGGAAGAUCUCCAGCAUGUUCAGCCGACUCUGACAAAGAAGGAUGAAGAGAUCAAGAACCACAGAGACAGAGUCGGGUACUUAGAGAAGACUCUGGCGGAGAGAGAACAAGAGCUUAGGAGGCAGAGUGAACUCUUGAAGCAAUUAACAUCAGCUUUGCGAUGGAAGGAUGGCGGGGAGACCCUAAAGAAACGAAUCCAGAAACUCCAGAAAUGGGAGGAAGAGGAAGCAGAGAAGAGGCGAGUUCUCCAGGAGAGAGACCGUUCCUUGCAAAGACAGAAGGAGCUAACCCAACAACUGGCGGAUGAGCGGAAAGCCAAGGGGGAAGAACUGGAGCGCACGAUUGCUAUUUUGAAGCAGACCGAGAGCAGAGAAGUCAAAUGGAGAGAGAAGGCACAAGCACUGACUCUUGCCCUUACCAAGAGUGAAAUGGCCAACGGGACUCUGAGGGAAGAAAUAGCCAUCCUGCAGAGUAUGGUUUCAGAGAGGGACAAGGACCGGUUUCAUCUUCAGCAGGCUAUUGCAGAAGGGGAGCAGCUAUCAUGGCUCUCGGAGAAGAGACUCCUGUCACAGCAGCUGGAAUGUCUGCAGCGAGCAGUUGCAAGGCUGGAACUGGAGAAGGCAGAGCUGAAGCAACUCAAUGCUGAGCUCAGGAGGACUCUCGAGCAGGUGGAACGUGAACGGAGGAGACUGAAGAGAUAUCACAGUGGUCGGUCGCUGCCAGAUGCGUGCGGAUUUUCGCUCUCCGAGUCUGACCAGCACAAGAUGGCUGCUUCUAGACAGGAGGAGUCUCACGCUCGCUGCAGUCGUCGAUUAGCUGAGUUGCAGAACCAGGUGUCCCUUCUGCAGACGCAGCUGGCACAAGAACGAAAAUACAAGCAGGACUAUAUUGAGUGCUGUGCCAAGACCAGCCAGGAGCUGUCAGACCUUCACCAAGAGCUGUCUCGCUCCUUAGCAGCUGUGGUCAGGGAGCCCAAAGCUGCUGUUCUGGAAGCAGAGACUCGGAAGCUGGGUCAGCCUCUCUGAACCUUCUUUUCCUGUAGAGGAGCAGCUGCAGCAUCACGGCGUUCCGGUCUUGUGCCCUUCCCGGAAAUGUAUUAUGUUUUGCUGUGGGGAAUGGGGGUACAUCUGUUCUGUUUGCGUCCGGAAGCAUUUCCUAGCGACAGCGAUUUUAAAAUUUUUUUUUUUUAAUAAAAGAGAUUUUGCGGGACUGCACUUUUUCA